AUGGCUGAGACCGCCGAGACGUUUGACCCAUCCCAGUUCGAAAGCGAGAUACAGGCCGUAUCCCAGGACAUCAACACGAUGAUCGACAUCACGCAGUACGAGAGUAUGAUCGAGUUCUUCCAACGACUCUCCGGCUCGGGGGCCGACGUCUCGCACGACCAGAACCUCGAGCAGGGCAUGGAAGACCUGCACGCGGCGGUGAGCAGCAUUCAGACCGCGGGCAACUCGGCGGGUGGCGGGGUCUGGAGUGAUCCCCUGGUCACCAGCUGCGUCCACCAGCUGCGGAGCGAGGGAAAAUGCCUGAACAUCUUCGUGUUUCUGGACCAGAUGCACAACGACGGGGUCGAUUUCUCCUUCGACCAGCAGCUGCAGUUUACCAUGAACAAUGUCGCCGUGCAACUCGAGGGCGUCACCACCGUAAGCGACCUCCAACCUCCUGAGUGGAUACAGCGGCUUCCGCUUCCAGCUCCCUAA